AAUGGAGUGAUUGACGAGCACGUUCUCCAAUCCUAACGCAGAAUGAACACAUAUUGCCAAUUAGACGGUAGCAGGGGCGGAUGCUGAAGCCUACGGUGGGAGGGUUACCAGGAAGUGAGUGGAGGCUAAGAAGGACGAGUCCGCGCCGGCAGUGGUGUAAGGGUGACCGGACAUCUAGAUACCCCAGUCUCCUUCUUUCUCCAUUCCUGGGCUGAAGGAAACAUCUGAAUAUGUGGAAUCCCAAUGCCGGGCAGCCAGGACCAUAUCCACACCCCCCUAACGCCGGGUAUCCUGGAGGUUGCAAUCCUGCCCAUCCGCCACCUGCCAACCCUCCGUUUCCUCCAGGCCCCUUUCCCACUCCCCCAGGAGCACCCCAGGGGAAUCCAGCCUUUCCCCCUGGUGGGCCCUGUCAUCCCGUGCCACAACCAGGAUAUCCAGGAUGCCAGCCCUCAGGUCCCUACCCCCCUCCAUACCCACCACCUGCCCCUGGCAUGUGUCCUGUGAAUCCAUUGGUUCCUGGUAUAGUAGGACCAGGAAUAGUGAUUGACAAGAAGGUGCACAAGAAAAUGAAGAAAGCUCAUAAAAAGAAGCAGAAGCACCAUAAACAUGGCAAGCAUUCCUCCUCCUCCUCCUCUUCCAGCAGUGACUCUGACUGAAUACAGGGCCUGGACCCUUCCCUCGAGUCUCUCCAGUUCAGCUCUCCCAUCAAGCUUCAGAUGCCAUCUUGUGCUGGGGAAAUUAACUCUUGCUACCCCUUCACCCCCACCUCUGCAAUCUAAGCCUCAUUCUGCUGUUCAGCGCUCACUAGCUAGGACAAAUCGGAAAAGAAUUGCCACGGGCUAACAAAGGCCGUCUUCUCACUGCUUGGAUAGAACUUUUAGCUGAUGAGUUUGACAGGAGAACUGUUUUUUGAAGAUGGUAAGAUUUGAGCUAAAUGCUAAAGACAAGUCUAAGAUCUGUAAAAUGUGAUUUUUUUUUUUAAACUUUCUUUUGUAACACUUAUGAUUGAGGAGAUGCUGUGGACAUUGAGUUAUGGAAAGGAAAAACGACCUGUACCUUUCUUGUAAUUGUAGCAUGCUUGGGUGAUUUAGUGGCAAAUAAACAUUUCCCAGCAGGCCUCUUAUUGAUGGCAUUCACUGCAAGGCUGAUGGCAAGUGGAGUCCAUUUGGUUGAUGAGCUCUGACUGCCAUUUUGAAAACAAAUCUCUGUUCUCUCACUCAGUAUGCUGUCUCAGGCCCUCCUCUCACUCUCCACCUCUCAGUCCAAAUAAAGCUGUUUCUCCUGG